AUGGCCCUGCAGCAGCUGCUGGGCGCCGCGCCUGCCAGCGCCAGCGGCGCCGCGGCGGUAGCCGAGGACAUCGCCGCGGCGGCGGCCGCGAUGCCGCUGAUCCCGGUCUCCAGCCUGACGCUCGCGCCGGCCGAGAUCCGCGCGGCCGUCGCGGCCGAGGCGGCGGUCGUGGGCGGGGCGCCCACGAUGCCGGUGCUGGCGCCGGCUCUGUUGCCGGCGGCGGUGGCGUGGGCGGGGACGGUGCCUAUGACAUCCAAGGUGCAUGAGGAGAUGCCGCCUGAGCUGAGGCUGAAGCUGGGCCUUGAUCAGAAGAAGCGCAGGCUGGAGGAGCAGCUGCGCCUGAUCGAGCAGCAGCAGGAGCAGCAGCAGGGCGAGGGCGGCCAAGGGCAGCAGGGAGAGCAGCAGCAGGCCUCCAUGGACGACGUCUUCGAGGUCGACCCAAACAUCGCCCCAAAGGCCGCCGCCGCCAAGGCGCCGGACGCCAGCGCCAGCAGCGGCGGCACGGCCGCGGCGCCCGCGGCCGCGGGCGAGGAAGGGGAGCCCGAGGCGGCCGCGGAGAAGGGCGGGGCUGGGGGCGAGGCGAAAAGCGGGGGCAUCGUGCUGCGCCGCAACGUCGUGGGGCCGCUGCGCCGCGCCGUGUUCCGGCCGCCGCUGGCGCCCAAGCGCGCCGAGCCGCCCCCGGAGCCGGCCGGCGUCUCGGCCGCUGCUGCGGUUGCGGCUGCCGCGGCUGCGGCUGCGCCGUUUGUGCCGCCGCCUGUCCCGGUGGCCGCGGCGGCUGCUGAGGGCGGCGAAGAGGAGGCGUACGACCCCACGGGGGCUGCUGACAUCCAAAUGGAAUUGGAGCCUCAGCAGCAGCAGCAGCAGCAGCAGCAGCAGCAGGAGGCAGCAGCGCCGCCCACUGCUGCGCCCGAAAGCGACGUCCCGCCGCCCCCGCCACCGCCGCCGCCCGCGGCAGCAGGGACGCCGAACGCCCCGUACGGCGCGCCCCCGCCGCCGCCGCCGCCGCCCACCUCGGGCCAGCAGCAGCAGCAGGAACCCUACAACCCCUUUGGCGCCGCGCUGCCCCCACCAUCGCUGCAGCAUUUCCCUCCAGGGCCGCCGCCUCCGCACCAGCAGCAGCACCAGUACCAACAUUACCCAGGGGCGCCACCGGGCUACGCUCCGCCAGGCUACUUGCCGCCGGGCUAUGCGCCGCCUGGCGUGGCGCCGCCCGCCCCGCCACCGGGCGCGCCGCCGCCGGCCGGCUACUCGCCACAGGGCUAUGCGGCAGCGCGGCAGAUGGGGCCGCCGCCGCCCUGGGGCCCACCGCAAGCGGGCCCCCGAGGCCCCCCACCCAUGCAUCCAGGGGCGCCAGGGUAUGCGCACCCGCAGCCGCCGGCGCCGCCGCCCGGCGCGCCACCACAGCAGCAGCAGCAGCCACCCCAGCAACUCCCGCCGCCGUUCCCAUUCGUGCCAGGGCCGCAGAUGCGGCCCAUGCAGCCGGGGCAGCAGCAACACGGCGGCCUCCCGCCUCCCCCGCCGCCGCCCGGGCCGCAGCCGCCGGGGGCGCCGCGGGCGUGA